AUCUCUUCUAGCAACUCCAACAAUUUAUAGCAUCCCCUCACCUGCAUCAUUCGAGGCUAAAUGCACACUCAAUGAGCUAUAAUAUCCACAUUUUCACUGUUUUCCUUCCAACAAUAUGUAUUUAGAAUACUAACGCUGUAAUAGUUAUUACAAAGCAACAGUUUCCGUGUACAUGCAAAUGCUAACAGCAAACACCGAGCACCAUAAACAUGAUAGGUUGUUAAGUGACGCUUCCUUCGUCCUGAUUGGUCGCUUUUUUAACGCUCUGCCGUCACAACUGUAGAGAUACGUAAGGAGGACAUAUGAGAAUUGUCUUUGGUUCAAGAUACUCUGUGGUAGGUGACCAAUUAUGAAGAACAAGGGGGCCUAAGCUUCAUUGGAAUAAAUUCAGAUGCUCCAUGUGGAUCCAUGUUAAUCUUUUCACUACCCGGUCUGAGCAGAGCAGCGGUGCGUGUAAGGAGACUGGCAGCACAGCUCAGUAAAGCAACCAUGUCUACUAACAAUCAGGGCUCCAGUCCGUCCUCGGCCGUCAGUGGCGACACUCCCACCGCCGCCAUUCUCAUCAUAGGAGACGAAAUACUCAAGGGUCACACUGUGGACACCAACAGCACCUUCCUAACACGAGCUCUCAGAAGGCUCGGAGUGUCUGUGCAGCGUAUAACGGUUAUACCAGAUGUACACGAGGUCAUAGCCAAGGAGGUGGUCGUCCUCUCCUCCCAGUAUACCCACCUGAUAACGUCAGGUGGCGUGGGCCCCACUCAUGACGAUAUAACCCUGGAGAGCAUUGCUGCGGCGUUUCAAGAGGAGGUUUAUCCCCAUCCUGAGCUGGCCAAGCUGGUUGAAGAAUUCUUCGGGGUGACGGACAAAGACAGCCCAGCCAUGAAAUUAGCCAUGGUGCCUCGUUCAGCCAAACUUAACUACGGGACUGAUCCUCAGACUGGUAAACGGCAGCGCUAUCCAGUGGUCAGCGUCCAUAAUGUGUAUGUGUUUCCUGGGACCCCGUCGUUCAUGGAAAUGGCCUUCACUGGGCUGGAGCACGUCUUUGCUAGUUCAGGAACCACAUUUCAUUCUCGUGAGGUGUUUGUAGAUGCAGAGGAAACAGAGAUUGCGCCUGUGCUCACCAAACUGCAGGCCAGUUGGGGCCGAAGGGUGGCUCUUGGUUCUUACCCCGACUGGUUGAGCAAUUACAGCAAAGUCAGACUGGUGCUGGACUCCAGCAGCCAGGAGGAGGUGGACAAAGCCCGGGAUCAGCUGGUGGAUCAGCUGCCCAAAGGAAGUGUGGUUUCCUUAGUCAAAGACCCAGUGUCUGUUGCCCCUGCAGAGGUGUACAAACUGGCUAACAGCGGCACAGCUUUGGGUGAGAAAGUGAAAUUUGCACUGAAAACAAUAGAGGCGGCGCUGGAUCAGUAUUCAACUGAGCAAGUAUGCGUUGGCUUCAAUGGAGGCAAAGACUGCACAGCUCUGCUCCAUCUGUACUACUCGACCCUGAAACGGCGGUGUCCAGAUGGGAAAGGCAAGGUUAAAGCUCUUUAUAUCCGUAACGUCUCACCAUUCCCAGAAAUGGAGAGAUUCCUACAAGACACAAUAAAAAAAUAUGACUUGGAGUUAAUCUCUGUGGAGGGAAGCAUUCGACAGGCUCUUUACGAGCUGCACGACAAGGAGCCCGGGCUGAAAGCCGUCCUGAUGGGAACCAGGAGAACUGACCCCUAUUCCCACACCCUGACACCUAUGUGCCCCACAGAUCCUGGCUGGCCGGAAUACAUGAGAGUCAAUCCAUUGCUGGACUGGACAUACCAUGACAUCUGGUCAUUCUUGAGGACAUUACAUGUGCCCUACUGCAUCCUCUACGAUAAAGGGUAUACAUCACUUGGCAGUAUGGACAACACUUACCGAAACAAGGCCCUCCAGGUGGUGGAUGAGAGAGGCGUGAAGCGGUAUAAGCCAGCCUACCUCCUAGAGAAUGAAGAAGAGGAGCGAAACUCCCGUGCCUGAAGUUGUCCCUGUUCUUAGGUGUGUUUUUAUUUACUAUUUAGAUGUCAGAUUAGCAUUCACAUUAAUUUCAUUACAGCAUUUUUGAUUCUCUGCCUAUCCGAAAAAAACCCAUACGGUGUCUUUGUGACUGAAUGGAAAAAGUAUGCAUGUUACAGUAAUGUGUUUGCAAUACUGCUCAAUAAAACAUCAGUUCUUA